AUGGCUAACAGAAAUGUCAGUGGAAUAACUGAAUUCAUCCUCCUGGGGCUGACUGAUGACCCUGAACUCAAUACAGUCCUAUUUGUGCUGUUUCUCCUGAUCUAUCUCAUCACUGUGGUGGGCAACCUUUGGGUUAUCACAGUCAUCCUGGUCAGUGCCCAGCUCCAUUCUCCCAAGAACUUUUUCCUUAGCCAGUUGGCCUUCUUGGAUUUCUGCUACUCCUCAGUCUUUAUCCCUAAGAUGUUGGUGAACUACCUAGCAGGACAGAAAGCCAUCUCUUACAGGGGUUGCCUCCUUCAGUAUUCCUUUGUCAGCUUGUUCCUGACCACAGAAUGCUUCCUCUUGGCUGCGAUGGCCUAUGACCGCUACCUUGCCAUUUGCCGCCCACUUCACUACAAGAGUCUCAUGACCACCACAUCCUGCAUCCACCUGGUGACGGUUUCCUACCUACUAGGUUGUGCCCACUCACUCACCCACCUGACCGGCUUGCUCAGUCUGUCUUUCUGUGGGCCCAAUAUCCUUAAUCACUAUUUCUGUGAUAUUUCAUUGCUCUUUCGACUCUCCUGUUCUGACACCCAGUACAAUAAGGCUUUAUUCACUGUCCUCUCCGGAACCACCUCAGUGGCUACCUUUCUGAUAGUGGUUAGUUCCUACCUGGGAAUCCUUCUCACUGUUCUGAAGAUACAGUCUCUGAGAGGCAGAUACAAAGCCUUCUCCACAUGUGCCUCCCACCUCACCGUGGUGACUCUCUUCUAUGGAACAGUAAUAUUUACUUACCUGGGGACCAGCUCAAGCUACCCACAGGAUACAGCCAAAAUCCUGUCUGUGUUCUAUACCCUUUUGCUGCCAAUAUUAAAUCUUCUAAUAUACAGUGUAAGAAACACAGAGGCCAAAGAAGCAAUGAAAAGAAUCACGAUGAGAAAAAUAUUUGCUCAGUGGCCAUGA